AUGAACUUUGAUAGAAGAGUUGAUCCUAAGAAGGUAUUUGAGUUUCUAUCAAAGAACUACGACUCCUGGAGUCAGGUAAUCCAUGAAAAAGACGACAAAAAAGGCAAUGGCAAUGAAAAAGGAGAAGUUAAUUCCAUCUAUGAUUACAAUUUAUUGGACUUAAUCGAAGAAACUGUCAACAGGCAUCCCAACUUUUUUCCUGAUUGGACCCAUGAAAGUGAAGAAAAUGAUGAUUCCGGUGAAAUCAAUGGACACCAAGAGCAAAUAAAUGAACCUCCAACCCCCAAAAGUGACGUUGUUGCCGAAAGACCAUCAGAAGCCGCCGUGGAAAAGAAAACAAGAAAUAUUAAGUAUCCUACCAAAUCUUUCCUAAAGAAGAAUGAAAUGGAAUAUUUAAGAUCUAGGAUAACGUCUAUGAUGAAAUCACCACCACCUGAACCCACAGAAGGAUUCAAUUUAUACGAUACUAAAGAUGAAGCAGGUCUCAAUACUUAUGAACCUGAUGAUGACUAUGAUAUUGAAGAAGUUGAAGAUGACUAUUAUGGUACGGAACAUCAUAUAGAAGUGGAAUUAAAACCAGAAUGUGAUAUUCAUGAUGAAAACUGUGAUUGUGAGUUCGAUGAUAUGGGUGAAGAGUAUGACUUCACUUUUGAAUAUAACGAAGAAGGAAAGUUAGUACCUACUUUCGAUGGUAUGAAAGAAUAUCUUAAGAACUCCAAGUUCAAGAAUUUGAAUAACUUCGAUAACUUCAAUAAAAUAGAAGAUCUUAGUAAGAUGAAUAAGUUAAAGAAGAAGAAAAAACCUAAAAAGAAGAAUAAAGCUCCUAGUUUCAACCCUGAUUCUACCGAUAAUUGUUUAUUCUGUGACUAUGAGGCGGUAUUUGGUACACCACCAACCAAUUUGAUCAAUUACUACAAUAAAAAGAUCGAACAGGAAGAAUUUAAGAGGAAUGAAAUCAAAAAGAAGUUACAACAAGCUAAACUGAAAGCUUUGAAAAAGCAGAAAGAUUUGAGGAACCAGCAAAAGGAACAAACUGAAGAAUCAAGUCAAUAG